AUGGAUAUUAUGCGGGGCCUGCCCGCUGGCUUCUCUGGCAGUAUGAAUAAGUUCACCCUCAACCUUGACCUCGAGGAUGAGAAGACCCUUCUGGCCGCCCACUCCUCCACCGGCCCACCCGGCACCAUUGAUCAGGCAGAAUUGUCCAUGUCUGCUAUGGAUCAGAAAGUAGAGGUCAAAGUUGAGGCCAAGGACGAGGUUAUGGAAGAGAUCCAGAUUGAGGUCAAGGGCGAGGCAUCCCAGGAGACCUGCUGUAGUAGGGUCCAGGACGGCCACCCAAGAGAGGAAGAGAACGUCGAGGUGACUUUGGUUUAG